AUGCGUGACUUUAUCAUCUUCCUCACCGUUUCCACGGUGCUCUUGCUGGCCGGCGCCGGUAUUGUAGCUGGCAUCCACGACAAUUACGUUGCCAGUCACGCUACUUCUACUCAGUCUAUCGCCACAUCCCAGACCGACUUCAUAACUCUCACUGGAACCGCUUCCAGGGCCACUCAUUUGAGAUCCUUGUUGUCCCAAGGCACCCUCGUCGUCUCCCCCAUCAAGGACAACGUCAGAGCAGGCUCCGUCCCCACGAGUUCGGCGAUCCCUACUACCACUAUUGAUUGCAACCACGAAUGGUGUCAGGAUAGCACCUCUCUUUGCGCCUACUGGGCUGGUAUCACUGGCUGGGAUCCUACUGAAGGCCCGAUUCCUGGCGAGACCGUUACCUCCAUUGGCAAGUGCAGCAUCGUUCCUACCCAGGCUGGAAAUCGAAAGCGCGAUACUAUCAACAAAAUUCUCAUCACCUUGGCGCCUACUCCCUCGGUCAACUACGAGUACAAGUAUUGUGACAGCAACACCCAGUAUUGCAUGUACUGGGCUGGUGUCACUGGCUACGACCCUUCUCUCGGUCCCAUUCCUGGCAUGACACGUACCUCUCUCGGAGCCUGCCAGGCGCCUCCUACAGCUGUUGACAACGACACUACCGUGCCGACAACUAUGGUGACGAAGACGUGCAAGAUUUCCUACUGA